UUAUUUGUGUGUGUGUAAAAGGAAAGGCUUCAUAUCUAAAAUAACUUUACCUAAGUCUACGAAAUUGUUUGAGGGUAAUGAAAGAGAAGAACAACUGUAAAAGGGCCAAGGACAGAGGGAUGGGCAAAUGAAGGAAAGGCAGAGAGGGAGACCAAGAGCUGAGGGGGAAAAUUCUGUGGAGGAGUGUGGGAAAGGGGUGGAGCUGGCAACCUUGCCUUAAUUGCUGAGUGACAGCCCAAGGGAUACAAAAGACUGGUUGAGCCAGGUAGGGAAAGCAGCCUAAAGCCCGGGACAGGCACACAGGCCCAGGUCUGUAGGCCACAGCAGCUGCAGUCCUGAAAGGCUAUAACACCGAGACCUCCAGGAGAGACCAGGCCCAGGAUGCCUCGCCUGUUUUUGUUCCACCUGCUAGGAGUCUGUUUACUAUUGAACCAAUUUUCUAGAGCAGUCGUGGACUCAUGGAUGGACGAAGUUAUUAAAGUAUGCGGCCGCGAAUUAGUUCGCGCGCAGAUUGCCAUUUGCGGCAUGAGCACCUUGGGCAAAAGGUCUCUGAGCCAGGAAGAUGCUCCUCUGAAACCUAGACCAGUGGCAGAAAUUGUGCCAUCCUUCAUCAACAAAGAUACAGAAACCAUAAAUAUGAUGUCAGAAUUUGUUGCUAAUUUGCCAAAGGAGCUGAAGUUAACCCAGUCUGAGAUGCAGCCAGCAUUACCACAGCUACAACAACAUGUACCCGUAUUAAAAGAUUCCAAUCUUAGCUUUGAAGAAUUUAAGAAAAUUAUUCGCAAUAGACAAAGUGAAGCCGCAGACAGCAGUCCUUCAGAACUAAAAUACUUAGGCUUGGAUACUCAUUCUCGAAAAAAGAGACAACUCUACAGUGCAUUGUCUAACAAAUGUUGCCAUGUUGGUUGUACCAAAAGAUCUCUUGCUAUAUUUUGCUGAGAUGAAGCUAAUUGUGCACAUCUCAUCUAAUACUCACACAUAGUCUUGAUGACAGUUUCACUGAUGCUUCUGUCAGGUCCCACCAAUUCUUAGAAUAUCUAAGAAAC